GCGCCCCCAGCGGCUGCGGGCGGCGCGCGCGGCGUCCUCGGCUCGGCGGGGACGGAGACCUCCUGAGCGGCGCGCGAUGCUGGCGACGCGGGCGAGGGUCGCGGCUCUGCGGAGAACAGGCCUGCUCUCCCGUCGGGGCGGCGGGAGGGGACUGUGGACCGGCCGCCCGCAGUCAGAUACUGACAAUAUGAAGCCAUUGGCGGGAGUAAAAAUUCUAGAUCUAACAAGGGUGCUGGCAGGACCUUUUGCUACUAUGAAUUUAGGAGACCUUGGAGCAGAAGUUAUAAAAGUGGAAAGACCAGGUGCUGGUGAUGACACACGAACUUGGGGGCCACCUUUUGUGGGGACAGAAAGUACUUAUUUUCUCAGUGUUAACCGAAACAAAAAAAGUAUAGCCGUUAACAUCAAGGAUCCAAAAGGGGUGAAGAUCAUCAAAGAGCUCGCAGCUGUUUGCGAUGUUUUUGUGGAGAACUACGUCCCUGGCAAGCUGUCUGCCCUGGGCCUGGGGUAUGAAGACCUCCACGAGGUGGCACCGCACCUUGUCUACUGCUCCAUCACAGGGUACGGGCAGACAGGUCCGCUGUCUCAGCGAGCUGGUUACGAUGCUGUGGCCUCUGCUGUUUCUGGUCUAAUGCACAUCACAGGACCUGAGGAUGGAGAUCCAGUUCGUCCAGGCGUGGCCAUGACCGAUCUUGCCACUGGCCUUUAUGCUUAUGGAGCCAUUAUGGCUGGAUUGAUACAAAGAUAUAAAACCGGAAAAGGACUCUUCAUUGAUUGUAACCUACUGUCAUCCCAGGUGGCAUGUUUGACCCAGGUAGCUGCUAAUUAUCUUAUUGGCCAAAAAGAAGCUCAGCGUUGGGGCACAGCUCAUGGCAGUAUUGUUCCUUACCAGGCUUUUAAAACCAAGGAUGGAUAUCUUGUAGUUGGAGCAGGAAAUAACCAACAGUUUGCGACUGUGUGCAAGAUCUUGAAUUUGCCUGAACUGAUUGGCGAUGCCAAGUACAGAACCAACCACCUUCGAGUACAGAAUAGAAAAGAGCUUAUUAAAAUUCUUUCAACACGGUUUGAAGAAGAAAUGACCAGCAAGUGGUUACACCUCUUCGAAGGCAGUGGAGUCCCGUACGGCCCAAUUAACAGCAUGAGGGAUGUGUUUGCAGAACCCCAGGUGGUACACAAUGGCCUCAUCAUGGAGAUGAAGCAUCCAACUGCGGGGAAGAUAUCAGUUCCAGGCCCAGCUGUGAGAUACAGCACGUUCGAGAUGUCAGAGGCCAGGCCGCCUCCCCUGCUCGGGCAGCACACGACGCACAUCCUGAAGGAGGUCCUUAGAUACGACGACGGGGCUGUCGGGGAGCUGCUCAGCGCUGGAGUGGUGACCCAACGUGAGGUCGAGUGACAAAGGCAACGUGUCUUUUUGUUAUCGUGAUCCAAGUGCGCUUUGCCAGCAAAGGCGAAGAGCCUUUCUGGACCCUUCUCCCCAGGUCCGGUGCCCACCACCGUGGCGUUAGAGGAAUUCCAGAUUUCCUGCGUGGUGUCUCCAGAAGGGCUCUGGGAUCCACGAGUCUAGCGCUUUCUGAAUGUACCACCCCUUUUAUGCCUUCCUCUUCUCCCCAGAUAAUGGAUUCAUUGCGGGUUUGUGGGAUUUUUUUUUUUUUUUUUUGGUGAAGAUUUGUUUUUUCUGGAAAAACACAUUCCUCAUUCUAAUUACAUUAAUAGCCUAAACGCUUGCCCCUCCAGCCCGUGCAGGUCUGAAAAAGAGCAGAUCUCUUAACGUUCUUUCCUUGCACAUAAAGUCCUCGUUUAAACCUUUGUUAGGAAGUCGGAGCAGUAAGCAGGAUGACAGUCUCAGUGAUUGAUUUUAAACAGAAUAACUUAAUUUCGAGCGCAUGAACCCUUUGUUAAUCUGUAAUUUAAACCAUGGACUUUGUUAAUGUCCAUUGUAAAACUGAGCUCCGUUCUCCCCCCGAGGAGGUAAAUAUUUGCUUUAUGUUGUAUUUCUUUGAUUAUUUCAAGAUACAUAGCAGAAAAUCAGUCUCCACCAGUGAAUUUUGGGAUGUCAGUAUCUGCCUUCAUGAGGGAGUGAAGAGUGGUUCUUUAAUUGGUACCUUGUUUUGAGCCAAGUCCAAAUGCAACAGGUUUUUAAAUGAAUGUCAGGUGACUAUCUCAGCGUUAAGUAAUGCAUAAAUACUUACACACAGGAGAAUGACAGGAAAAUAUUUCUUUGUAAUCUGAGUAUCCACUGUAGAAGAAUAUAUCAUGCCUUAAUAUGAAGUAUUUAAACAUUUAUGUGUUUGUCUGUGAAUUCAAAGUAUAGAAACAACUUCGGUCCAGAAAGUGGUAAGUGAUUUGAAUAUAUGAUCCAGGAUGAAUUGUUACUCAGACUGUCCCUCACUCAAGCCCAGGCACAGACCAAGGAAUCAGAUGACCCCGUGAUCAAUAUCCUGACAUGAUCUCAAUUCAUGUUAUUAGGCACUUAUAUCUUAAACCCACGUCACUACAGACCAAGUGGUAAUUGAAAGUCAAAUUACAGAUGUUCGGCUUUCAGAUGGUGAUUUAGAACUCGUUUUAUUAUUGUGUUCUUUUUUUAUUGGAAGGAUUUGAGCCUUUUAUCCAUGCCAUAAGCCCCAAUAUGUUUCUAGAAUUAAGGAUUCCAAAUAAAUAGGAAAUUUGUCUUCUCCUAA